AUGCAAAAGGUUAGGACUGCUAUCCGCACACAAACCAUACCACCUGCUGCCCAGAGAUACCGCAGAAUCCCCUUCCACGUAAGGAAAGAUGUGGAGGAACAAAUAUAUAAAGAUGAGAAACUAGGGGUUAUUGAAAAAGCAGAAGGGCCAACCCCAUGGGUAUCUCCCAUCGUGGUCGUACCGAAGAGGGACCAAAACAAAAUCAGAGUGUGCAUUGAUAUGAGAGCAGCAAACAAGGCCAUUAAAAGGAAACGGCACCCAACCCCCACACUAGAUGAACUGAAAACCAUUCUAUCAGGAGCUAAUAUCUUCAGCAAAUUAGACCUCAAUCAAGGUUACAACCAAUUGGAACUAGCUGAAGAAUCCCGCUGCAUAACAACCUUUGCGACACACCUCGGCCUAUACAGAUACAAAAGGCUAUUCUUCGGUGUCAACUCCGCCAGUGAGAUAUUCCAGGAAGAAAUCAGUCAAGCACUUGCAGGGAUUAAUGGAGCCAUCAACAUCAGUGAUGACAUCCUCUGUUUUGGAUCAGACCAGCAGGACCACGACCAAAACCUUCGCGCAAUAUUCCAGCGACUUCGCGAAAAAGGUCUCACCCUCAAUGGCAGCAAAUGUGAGUACAACAAAAGGUCACUGGAAUUCCUCGGACACACUUUUGGCAACAAAGGCAUUAGCCCAAGCAGCCUCAAAAUAAAAACUAUCCUUGGGCUACCCAACCCUAAAAAUGCAUCAGAAGUCAGAAGCUUGUUGGAGAUGACUAACUUCUGUGGUGCACAAUUCAUUCCAAACUACGCGACCCUGACUCACGACCUACGUCAACUAACAAAAAAAAAAAAAAACACUCAGUGA